CGCUCGCUCGGGCUGCCCGGCGUCCGUGCCUGCGUCCCGCGAACCCCCCAAAAAGUCUGCGAGAAGUUCCCGGCGAGGGGCGUCCGGGGUCCCGCGUGCGGGCGGGCGCAGGGGCGCCACCGGGGCGCGCGGGCGGGAACGCGCCGCCUCCCCCUCCCCUCCCCUCGCUCCCGCCCGCUGCGGCGGCGACGGCGGCGGCGGCGGCGGCGGCGGCGGCGGCGCUUCCCCGGCGCGCGGAGCGGCUUUAAAAGGCGGCACCCCGCCCCCCCGGCGCACUCACCGCUCGGGCGCCCGCCGCGGAGCCUGCCUGCCGCUGCCAUGCCUCCGCGCGCGCCGCCUGCGCCCGGGCCCCGCGCCGCCGCCGCCGCCGAGGACGCGGGGGACGCCGACCGGCCCGCGCCCCGGCCGCUGGCGCUGCGCCCCUGGAAGUGGCUGCUGCUGCUGGCGCUGCCCGCCGCCUGCUCCGCGCCGCCGCGCCCCGUCUACACCAACCACUGGGCAGUGCAAGUGCUGGGCGGCCCGGCGCAGGCGGACCGCGUGGCCCAGGCGCACGGCUACCUCAACUUGGGCCAGAUCGGAAACCUGGAAAACUACUACCACUUUUAUCACAGCAAGACCUUCAAGAGGUCGACCUUCAGUAGCAGAGGCCCUCACACCUUCCUCCGAAUGGACCCCCAGGUGAAAUGGCUCCAGCAACAGGAAGUCAAACGCAGGGUGAAGAGGCUGGUGCGCAGUGACACCCAGGCCCUUUACUUCAACGACCCCAUUUGGCCCAGCAUGUGGUACCUGCACUGCGGGGACAAGCACAGCCGCUGCCGCUCGGAGAUGAACGUGCAGGCGGCGUGGAAGAGAGGCUACACGGGGAAGAACGUGGUGGUCACCAUCUUGGAUGACGGCAUCGAGAGGAACCACCCGGACCUGGCCCCCAAUUACGAUUCCUACGCGAGUUACGACGUCAAUGGAAAUGAUUAUGACCCAUCGCCACGCUACGAUGCCAGCAACGAAAACAAGCACGGCACGCGCUGCGCAGGCGAAGUGGCGGCCUCCGCCAACAACUCCUACUGCAUCGUGGGCAUCGCGUACAACGCGAAGAUCGGAGGCAUCCGCAUGCUGGACGGGGACGUGACGGACGUGGUGGAGGCCAAGUCGCUGGGCGUCCGGCCCAACUACAUCGACAUUUACAGCGCGAGCUGGGGGCCCGACGACGACGGAAAGACGGUGGACGGCCCCGGCCGGCUGGCCAAGCAGGCCUUCGAGUACGGCAUUAAAAAGGGCCGGCAGGGCUUGGGCUCCAUCUUCGUCUGGGCCUCGGGGAACGGCGGGCGAGAGGGGGACCACUGCUCCUGCGACGGCUACACCAACAGCAUCUACACCAUCUCCGUGAGCAGCACCACGGAGAACGGCUACAAGCCCUGGUACCUGGAGGAGUGCCCGUCCACGCUGGCCACCACCUACAGCAGCGGCGCCUUCUAUGAGCGGAAGAUCGUCACCACGGACCUGCGUCAGCGCUGCACGGACGGGCACACGGGCACCUCGGUCUCGGCCCCCAUGGUGGCGGGGAUCAUCGCCCUGGCGUUAGAAGCAAACAGCCAGCUCACCUGGCGCGACGUGCAGCACCUGCUGGUGAAGACUUCCCGGCCGGCCCACCUGAAGGCGAAUGACUGGAAGAUGAACGGGGCUGGCCACAAAGUUAGCCAUCUGUACGGGUUCGGCCUGGUGGACGCGGAAGCCCUGGUCCUGCAGGCGAAGAAGUGGACGGCGGUGCCCGCGCAGCACACCUGCGUCGCCUUCACCGACAAGAGGCCCAGGAGCAUCCCCGUGGUGCAGACGCUGCGGACCACGGCCCUGACCACCGCCUGCGCCGACCACUCCGACCAGCGGGUGGGCUACCUGGAGCACGUGGUGGCCCGCAUCUCCAUCUCGCACCCGCGCCGCGGGGACCUGCAGAUCCACCUCAUCUCCCCCUCGGGGACCAAGUCCCAGCUGUUGGCGAAGAGGCUGCUGGACCACUCCAACGAAGGGUUUUCCAACUGGGAGUUCAUGACGGUGCACAGCUGGGGAGAGAAGGCCGAGGGGGAGUGGACGCUGGAGAUCCAGGACAUGCCGUCGCAGGUCCGCAACCCGGGGAGGCAAGGGAAGCUGAAGGAAUGGAGCCUCGUCCUGUACGGCACGGCCGAGCACCCCUACCACACCUUCAGCGCGCACCAGGCCCGCGCCCGCGUGCUGGAGCUGUCCACGCCCGCGCUGGAGCCGCCCAAGGCCGCCCGGCCGCCCGCCCCGGCCGAGGGCCCGGAGGACGAGGAGGACUACACAGCUCGGUCCUCCCAGGGCCCUCCUAGCGUUUCUCAGACCAGCAUGUGCCACCCGGAGUGUGGGGACCAGGGCUGUGACGGCCCCGGCGCGGAUCAGUGCCUCAACUGUGUGCACUUCAGCCUGGGCAGCGCCAAGACCGGCAGGAAGUGCGUGAGCGAGUGCCCCCUGGGCUACUUCGGGGACGCGGCCGCCAGACGCUGCCGGCGGUGCCACCGGGGCUGCGAGACCUGCUCGGGCCGGAGCCCCACCCAGUGCCUGUCCUGCCGCCGCGGCUUCUUCCACCACCAGGAGACGAGCACCUGCGUGAACCCCUGCCCCGCCGGGUUCUACGCGUCGGACAGCCAGAGAAAAUGCCUGAAGUGCCACCCCAGCUGUAAGAAGUGCGUCGACGACCCCGAGAAAUGCACCGUCUGCAAGGAGGGGUUCAGCCUCGCUCGGGGCAGCUGCAUUCCCGACUGCGAGCCGGGGACCUACUUCGACUCGGAGCUGGUCCGAUGCGGGCAGUGCCACCCCACCUGCAAGACCUGCGUGGGCCCCAGCAGGGAGGAAUGCAUCCACUGCGCCAGCAACCUCCACUUCCAGGACUGGAAGUGCGUGCCCGCCUGCGGCGAGGGCUUCUACCCCGAGGCCAUGCCUGGGCUGCCGCACCGAGUCUGCCGGAGGUGCGACGAGAACUGCCUGAGCUGCGAGGGCUCCAGCCGGAACUGCAGCCGCUGCAAAGCCGGCCUCACGCAGCUGGGGGCCUCCUGCGUCGCCAACCACACCUGCAGCAACGCGGACGAGACCUUCUGCGAGAUGGUGAAGUCCCAGCGGCUGUGUGAACGCAAGCUCUUCAUUCAGUUCUGCUGCCGCACGUGCCUGCGGGCCGGGUAGGGGCGGGGCCGGCCGCUCCCGUCCGUCCGACCGACCAUCCGACCGACCGUCCGCCCGCCCGCCUGCAGACUGAGGGCCAGAGCCCGUUUCCGGGGCAGCGCCCGCCUCUGACAGCUUCACCUUCCGCGGGGCCAGGGCCCGCGGGGGCGUGCUGCCCGGCCUGGAGGGUGGCGGCCCCCAGGGGUGUCCCUAUGGCAACGUCCCCUCCAACUCCGCCCGCCGGCCGCCUCCCUCCGGGGACCCCGAUGGGCACCCCGGGCCCUGCCUGGGACCCCCCACGUUUACUGGAUCUUCAGACCAAAGCGAACGGCACGCACGUGGCCUCCCCGUCACUUCUCGCCGGGCUUCCAGCAUCUCCAAGGUCGACCUCAGCUGCGCAGCUGCUCCGCCGGCCGCCGUGGAGGCCGGUUUGGGGGCGUGAACUCGGGGCCCUGGGGCGGGUGGGGGGGUCUAUUUCUGCAACGUCCGUGGCUUUUGAAAUGGCCGCGACGCCCCAGAAAGUCAGCCCACAGCCCCGAGGGGAAGGGGCUGCCCGUCCCGGGUCUCGGGGUCCCCCGGCCCCAAUGCCCGCCACCCCCCCCCCCCUUUCCCAACGCAGAGUCUUCCGAGCAGGGUCCCCGGUCGCGAGCCCGCGGGGCCAGCGACUGAGCCGGACGGCCCAGCGGGAGCGCCUGCUGCCAAACCUGUGUGGGGCCGGCGGGUCUCAGCUGCCUGUUCCGGUUCUCCCCGAGGGGGGUCCUGUACACAGGGGGCCCCUCUAUUUCCCAGGAAAUGCACAGAUCGGCUCCCGGGACGGGAGUAACCUUUGCCUUAAACUCUCUCUCGAGCUUGGGCGUCUCCGUUGUGUCCAGCUCCCCCCUCGGACCAUCCGGCAGCCCACGUGUCCCUGGGACCUGGGCCCCCCCCCUCCCCCCCCGCAGGACGCCCUCAGAGCAAAUGCAGUGUUAACCCUAAGUUAAUAACAGUUAGCCCACAGCGAAGGUGUCUGUUUCUUUCCUGGGCACAGCGAUUACACGUGCGUGCUGCCUGGCCGGUGGGGCUCAGUGGUUGAGCUUUGACCUAUGAACCGGGAGGUCACGGUUCGAUUUCUGGUUCGAUGCCCAGGUUGGGGGCUCCAUCCCCAAUGUGGGGUGUGCGGGAGGCAGCCAAUGGAUGGUUCUCUCUCAUCAUUGAUGUUUCUAUCUCUGUCCCUCUCCCUCUCUAUGAGAUCAAUAACAUAUUAAAAAAAAUACAAAACCUUUUUUAAAACCCAGCAAGCUAAAUGGCAAUACCAGUGUACAUACAUUGAUAUAAAUAUCUGCGAUUUGAUAUUUUUGCUAUUUUAUUGUAUUGACAAGCUUCAAAACUUCGUAUGCCAAAUUUUCUGAAGGUGUUAACAUCAUAGAUAUUUUUACGCCUAAAAAUAUCAAAUGUCGUGCCAAAAAAGCAUUUGCGGGAAGUUUUAAUUCAUUACUAGUAACUUGAAAAAAAUCCGCAUUGUUAACACCUGGUAAAACCAGUUUUUCUGUUUGAGGGCGCCGCCUUGUGGACAUCUCUGGAAUUGCAUGAGGUUCAAACUUUUUAAAGCCAUCACAAUGGAAACUACAGACAAGUUACAAGUAUAGACAGAGACCUCUCUCUCUUCAUGAGCGAUCUGACAUCACCCAUGUGACACCCUACCACCUCCCAAGUAUUUUAAUUUUUUUCCUCCCAAAUACUUCAGAGGCGAUUUCCUAUAAACAAGGGCCUUCUCGGGCACAACCAUCAGAAUCCGGAAGUUCACGCUGAGCGUCUUCACCGUCCAAUCCUCUGACGGGGUCCCAUGUGGCCCGUUGUCCCAGGAAGGCCCUUCGCAGGCGCCAGAGACCCCGCUGCACCCCCUUCCCGGGAGAGGCACCCUGUGCAUUGAGUCUUCAUUUCUCGCCAGUCCUCUUCCUGGAACCUUUUAAAGACUCGCGUGCUUAACACUUUGCUUAACCAGCGGAUAAAAAUGUCUAGAAUCAGGGCCCCUCACACUCCAGAGACCCCCCAGGAUCGCAACCAGGACCGGGGACUUAGCCCGGGUGCCCCAGGACCUUGGAACCGCAAGAGACCCGGAUCCUGGCUCUUCGACUGUUUUCGCCUGGAGGCCGAGGGCGCACAUGUAAGUAGGGACCUGGUGGGUCCCCUCGGAUGAACCCAUAGCACCGAGGAAGACGCCCUCAGAGCAAAUGCAGCGCUAACCGUAAGUUAAUAACAGAGUUAACAGGCCACAGCGAAGCCGUCUGUUUCUUUCCUGGGCACAGCGAUGACACAUGGGUGCGGCCCGGCCGAUGUGGCUCAGUGGUUGAGCUUUGACCUAUGAACCGGGAGGUCACGGGUUCCACUCCUGGCUCGAUCCCGGGUUGGGAGUGAAGGAGGCAGCCCUCAGUGAUUCUCAUCGUGGAUGUUUGUCUAUCCCUCUCUCUUCCUCUCUGAAAUCAAAACAUUUUUUUUUUUUUUUAAGAGAAAUUGGCGUCCGUGUGCAGCUUGGAGGGCUCCGGUUGGGGAUGGCCUGUCAUGUCAGUGGGGCAGCGGCCUGCAGCCUGGGUGGAGUCAGAAAAAUGAGUGCCUUGGGAGGACCCUGUCCUGGGGGCAGCCUGCCCGUGGCUGCAGGUUCACAGGCUGAGGGUGAGGGUUGGAGAGCAGGGUCCCUCCUGGAGGCCCAGGAGCCUGCAGUGCCUGGCAAACCAACUUUUUGUCUCUGUUCUUUUGAGCUUUGAUUGCAGAGACCAUUACAACAACUACCUACACACCAUCCAUCCGGCCGGUGUGGCUCAGUGGUUAAGCUUCGACUUAUGAACCAGGAGGUUGUGGGGUUUGAUUCCCAGGCAGGGCACGUGCCUGUGUUGUGGGCUCCAUCCCCAGUACGGGGGUGUGCAGGAGGCACCCGACUGAUGGUUCUCUCUCCUCACUGGUGUUUCUCUCUGCCCCUCUCCCUUCCCCCCUGAGAUCAAUAACAUAUUAGGAAAACAGAUACAAAAUCUUCUUUAAAACCCAGCAAGUGAAAGGGCAAGUACCAGAGCACAUGUGUUGACAUAUAUGCUAUUUGACAUGUGUGCUAUUUUGUGUAUUGACAACAAGGUUCAAAACUUCCCAGGUCAAAUUUUCUGAAGGUGUUAACAUCAUAGAUAUUGUAACGCCUAAAAAUGUCGAAUGUCGUGCCAAAAAAAGCAUUUGCGGGAAGUUUUAAUUCAUUACUAGUGACGAGUGAAAAAAAUCCGCAUUAUUAACCGGUACAACUGAUGAUACCAGUUUUUUGGUUUGAGGUCGCCGCCUUGUGGACAUCUCUGGAAUUGCAUGUGGUUGGUUUAAUUUUAUUUUUAUUUUUAUUUUUUAGUCAUCACAAAGCAAAGCUACAAAAAAGUUACUAGUACAGAGAAAUAGGAAGCCGGGUUGGGGGCUCCAUCCCCGGUUGGGGGUGCAGGAGGCAGCCGAUCAGUGAUUCUCACCAUGGAUGUUUCUCUAUUCCUUUCUCUUCGUCUCUGAAAUCAAUAAAAAAUACAUAUUAAAAAAAACAAAAAUCACAGGCGCUGUGCCCAGCUUGCAGGGCUCCGGUUGGGGAUGGCAUGAAGGUCAGUGGGGCAGCGGCAGGAAGCCUGGGAGGAGGCACCUCAGGAGGCAGAGUAAUUAGUGUCUUGGGAGGACCCAGUCCCGGGGGCAGCCUGCUCGGGGCUGCAGGUUCACAAGCUGAGGGUGAGGGUUUGAGAGCAGAGUCCCUCCCGGAGACCCCAGAUUCUCCAGGGCCUGGCAAACGUCCUUUUUGUCUCUGUUCUUUUGAGCUUUGAUUGCAGAGGAGACCAUUAAAACAACUACCUACACACCACCCAUCCGGCAGGUGUGGCUCAGUGGUUAAGCUUCGACUUAUGAACCAGGAGGUUGUGGGGUUUGAUUCCCAGUCAGGGCACGUGCCCGGGUUGUGGUCUCGAUCCCCAGUGAGGGGGUACAUGAGGCACCUGAUCUAUGAUUCUCAUCAUUGGUGUUUCUCUCUGCCCCUCUUCCUUCCCCUCUGAGAUCAGUAACAUACUAAAUACAAAAACACAAAACCUUUUUAAAAAAACCAGCUAGCGAAAUGACAAAUAAAACCAGUUUUGUUGAGGGCGCCGUCUUGUGGACAUCUCUGGAAUUGCAUGAAGAUUUUUUUUAGGCAUCAGAAAGCAAACUACAGAAAAGUCAUCAGAACAGAGAACUCUUCAUGAGCGAUCUGAAAUUACCCAUUUGACACCCUAUGGCGUCAGAAACAUUUGAAUUAUUUUUUCCUCCCAAAUACUUCAGAGGCAAUUUCCUAAAAACAAGGGCCUUCUCGGGCACAACCAUCAGAAUCCGGAAGUUCACGCUGAGCGUCUUCACCGUCCAAUCCUCUGACGGGUUCACAUGUGCCCGUUGUCCCAGGAAGGCCCUUCGCAGGCGGCCGGAGAUCCCGCUGCACCCCCUUCCCGGGAGAGGCACCCUGUGCAUUGAGUCUUCAUUUCUCGCCAGUCCUCUUCCUGGAACCUUUUAAAGACUCGCGUGCUUAACACUUUGCUUAACCAGCGGAUACAAAUCUGGGGCCCCUCCAGAUUCCAGAGACGCCCCAAGAUCGCAACCAGAACCGGGAAGUAGCCCGGGAGCCCCAGGACCUCGGAACCGCAAGAGAUCAGAAGCCCGGCUCUUCGAUUGUUUCGGCCUGGGCGCCGAGCGGCGAGCGCGUAAAUGGGCCCAAUCAAUUAACGCUGCCUGUUGGAGGGCGCAGGGCACACUGGGAUGUGUACCUGGCGUUGGGCGCGAGCACACCGGAAGUGUGUUGACGUCGGCGUGGUGCACGCCGGGAAGCGAGUCUAGAGACGAGCGGGGCAUGCCGGGAAGUGCGUCUUGAGUCAGUCGCAGGGCACGCUGGGAAGUGUGUCAGCGUCGACCCGGGGCAUGCCGGGAGGUGUGUCUGGCGUGUACGCCGGGCAUGCUGGGAAGUGCGUCCUUGCGCGGUCGUAAGGUACGCCGGGAAGUGUGACGACUGAGGCACGAGGCAUGCCGGGAGGUGCGUCUAGUCGGGGCUAGUCCGGAAGUGUGUCAGAAGGAUUUCGGGUCGCCCGGAAGUGGUCGUUUGCGGGCGCGGGUCACAAAGGGAAGUGUGUCUGGUGACAGGCCUGAGCCACGCCGGGAGGCCUGUCUGGCGGCAGGAUGGUGAAGCCGACGGCGGAGCUGAUGGAGCAGGCGGCGCAGACACCAACGCCGUGCGGGACCGCGAGCUGGACCUGCGGGGACCAAUGGAGAAGCGUCCUAGGGUGAAGAUGAACAACAACGCAGCAAUCGGAGGGACAGGCCGCUGUCUGUCCAGUAAAUCAGAAGGGACUUAGGAAGACGGGGAAGAGCCACCGCCUCGGGGAUGAGCUGGUCCAGUCCGUGCCCGGGAUCCGCUCCCACGGGGACCACGGGGUCUCCGCGCAGCUGCUGCCUCUGCUUCUGGCCUGGACUCCUUGCGGACAAAGCCAGGCUAUAAGAUCCCUGUCAUCGAGAACCUGCGUGCGACCUUAGACCAGUUCGAUGCCAUCGACUUUUCUGACAAUGAGAUCCGGAAGCUGGACGGCUUCCCGCUGCUGCGGAGACUGAAGACGCUCCUGGUGAACAACAACAGGAUCUGGCGGCGUCUGGUGCCCAGGGGCGACCUGGACCCGCGGGCGUCGCUCAAGUCGCUGACCUACCUGAGGUAGGAGCUGCCCUGUGACAGUGAGUCCCUCACAGGAACCCCUGCCGGCCUGGACCUUAACACCCUGAGGACAGGAAUGCUGCAUGGGAACUGGAACUGGACAAGGUUUACAAUAUUAUAAAUAUACAUAUUGUUUUUCAAACUCAUAAACCUUCUAAUAUUGUUUUACCCGCUAUGGAGAAGAGAAGAAAAGGGCACCUUUUAAACACAAAUCCUGCAAAGCACUGUUCGUGACCUGUGGGCCGUGCUGUGGCUAACGGGUUCCAUUCCAGUGCGACAGCAGCCCCACUGCCCGCACACUGACCGCCUGAUGGUGCUCUCAGUGUCGGGUCUUGGACACAAGCAUGGGGGUGGGGCGGGGGAGGCAGGAAAAAAAAUUGCAGCCCUAGCUGGUGUGGUUCAGUGGUUAGAGCUUGAACCUCUGAACCAGGGGGUCCUGGUUCAAUUCCUGGUCAGGUGGGACGAGAACUGCCUGAGCUGCGGGGCGGGCCUCACGCGUCGCCAACCCCACCUGCAGCAACGCGGAGGAGACCUGCGAGAUGGUGAAGUCCAACCAGCUGUGUGAGUGCAAGCUCUUCAUUCAGCUCUGCUGCCCGCACGUGGGCACGGCCCAUUGAACUCCACCCGCCGCCGCAUACCCGUGAGGACGGGACCCCAAUGUGCACCCCCAGGCCCUGCCUGGGACCCCCACGUUUACCGAAUCUUGUGACCUAAGCGGGGCGUCAAGGACGUGGCCUCGCCGUCCCUUCUCGCUGGGCUUCGAGCAUCUCCACGGUCAACCUCAGCCUCCCGUGGGGACGGGCCGUGCCCACAUGUGACGAAGGGCCCGCCGCCCGUCCUCCGCCCGGACUGUAAGCCAGACGGCACGGCGGGACCUCCUCCUGCCGAACCUGUGUGGGCGUGUGGAUCCGCUGCCUGUUCCGGUUCUCACCGAGGGGGUCCUGUGGACAGGGAGCCCCAAUAUUUCCCAGGAAAUGCAAAGAUCGGCUCCGGGACCAGGAGUAACCUUUGCUUUAAACUUUCUAUCGAUCGUCGAUGUUUCCGUUCAGUCCGGCUCCGUCCUCACAAAACCCACGUGUCCCUGGGAGCUGGGCCCUCCACCCCCGAGGGGUGAAUCGAACCCGUGACACCAAGAAAGACGCCCUCAGAGCAGAUGCAGCGCUAGCCCUAAGUUAAUAAAGAGUUAUCAGCCCACA